CGCGUUCUUUGACGCGCCUGAGCACCAUCGCCACACCUCAAAGCCCUGGCAUUACCGCUAUCAUUUGCUGUCCACUUAAUUUAUCGUUGGAAUUUUUGCCUCGCAAUUGAGGCUCAAGUCUUGCAACAUGAGCGAUUCUUCCAGUACGAGCGCGAAAUCUGAUCCUACACCGGAUUCUUCGCCUCCGCCAACCAACAUGGACGACGACAACGUGUCAAAGGCAAUGCAGAGCGAGGAGGCGCGUAUGAGGUCGCAGCGCGAAAGGCAAGACGCGAAACGCGACGCGCAAUUAGAGAAAGAGAGACAAGAGGACAUCAAGAGCGGCAAGGAGAUACUCGACAAAAAGUUUCAGCAACUAGAGUUCUUGAUGAACAAGAGCAAGCUCUACGCGACGGUCAUGCUGCAGCAAAUGCAACACCAGGAAGACGAAGAGAAAGCACAAGACGAAAAGACCGACGGUCAGGCUUCGAAACGCGAGAAGAACGCCGAAAAAGCAGCAGCAGAAUCGCAACGACGUGCAACACGGAAUUCUACAGCGAGCGGCGCAUCGGCACCAGAUACAAAGACAGGCGCCGCGACAAAAACAAAGGGCCGUGGAAAGCUAAAGAAGGAAAAUUCGAGCAUCGCAGACUACUUCGAGAAGGAAACCCUCAAAAAGAAAGUGGAAGAACAUGAGGUAGAAGAUGAUAAAGAGAAAGACAGCGUGAAGACAGGAGACAUUGGUGUGCAGAACCUGAAAUCUGCGCGGCAGCCGAAGCUUGUCACAGGUGGCACAAUGCGGUCUUAUCAACUGGAAGGUCUGGAGUGGAUGUUGUCGCUGUAUCAGAACGGCAUCAACGGCAUCCUGGCAGACGAGAUGGGUCUGGGCAAGACGAUCCAAACGAUCUCCAUGCUCGCGCAUCUGUGGGAGAACAAUUCAUUUGGCCCUUUCUUGAUUGCAGCUCCACUUAGCACAACAAGUAAUUGGGUCGCGGAAUUCGAGAAGUGGACACCUACCAUACCGGUUCUGUUGUACCAUGGUAACAAGAAGGAGCGUGAGAAGUUGCGCAAGACACGACUCAAGAAUCCAGGAACAAAAGACUUUCCCGUUGUCGUCACGAGCUACGAGAUCUGUAUGAACGACAGAAAGUUUUUGACCCAUUUCGGGUGGCAGUUCAUCAUCAUUGACGAGGGACAUCGCAUCAAGAACCUGGACUGUCGGCUCAUUCGCGAGUUGCAGCAAUUUCAGUCGGCCAAUCGUCUCCUGAUUACGGGCACUCCCCUACAGAACAACCUCGUUGAGCUGUGGUCCCUGCUCCAUUUUCUUCUACCGACAGUGUUUGACAAGCUGUCGACAUUUGAGAGCUGGUUCGACUUCUCUGGUUUGAAAGACAAGUCUAGUUUUCAGCAACUGCUCUCUGAAGAGAGACAGCAAUAUCUGGUGAAGUCACUCCACGCAGUGCUUAAACCCUUUUUGCUGAGACGUGUCAAAACUGAUGUAGAGUCUCUUAUGCCCAAGAAGCGCGAAUAUGUACUCUACGCACCCUUGACGCCGAUGCAGCGCGAGCUCUAUCAGGCCAUUCUGGAUGGCACAAGUCGGGCGUAUCUUGAGGACAAGGCGGUUGAGAGGCUCAGUGUUGGCCUUUCGAGCAGGGCCGGCACACCACUUAGCAUCCGCAGCAACACCAGUAAUCUCAAACGCAAAGCUAUCAGCAAAGCCAACACGCCCAACAAGAGUACAAAGUCGUCCCGCGCAGGUACACCUGCGUCAGUCGCCUCUACACGUGGUCGUGGCAGAGCUAAGAGAAACUACGAAGAGGUCAGCGACGACGAGUACUUUGCGAAAAUUGACCAGGAAGAGAGCACAUCCGAGAAAGAGGAAGAACUCGACUCGGAGGAUGAGGAUGAGCGCAUCAGAGCUGCUACCUUUGAAAUAGCAAAGCGUCAACUCUUACAGAAGAAGCUCGGCAACCCCAUCAUGCAGCUCCGCCUCUGCUGCAACUCGCCCUACAACUUCUUCAAUCCGUUUCUGAAAGCCGAAGUACAAGGCAGCGAAACUUUUGCAUCAGACACAGAGCCCGACGAAACCAUCGUGUCAACUUCAGGCAAGAUGCUGCUACUCGACUCCCUCCUUCCACCUUUAAUCAACGGCGGCCACAAAGUCCUGAUCUUCAGCCAGUUCACCACGACUCUUGACCUCAUCGGCCAAUACCUGACACUACGCUCGUGGUCGCACUCACGCAUUGACGGUUCCGUUGCACAAUCCGAACGCCAGGCGCAAAUCUUAGCCUUCAACAAAUCGAAAGCCAAAAGCGGGACAAAUAUCUUCAUCCUCUCGACUCGAGCAGGUGGUCAGGGCAUCAACCUCGCAGCUGCAGACACUGUCAUCUUGUUCGACUCGGACUGGAACCCCCAGCAGGAUCUCCAGGCCAUGGACCGUGCGCAUCGCAUUGGGCAGACACGAAACGUCAUUGUGUAUCGCUUUGCAACGCGGAACACGGUGGAGCAGAAACUCCUCGAGUCCGCGGAGGCGAAGCGGCGUCUUGAGAAGCUGGUCAUAAGAAAGGGUGGGGUGCGGCACAAUGCAGGAAAAGAAGGGGAUAAGGAGCAGGAGGUUGAGGAUCUACAGAAGCUGUUAAGGAGGAGCGAUGGCGAGAAGUUUGACAUUGCAGGAGAGGGCGAAGGCAAGUUAUUUAGCGAUAAGGAGCUGGAGAUUCUACUUGACCGCAGCGAUGAGGCGUACGAGAGGGCGGAGAAGGGAUUGGAUAUUGGUGGAGAUGGACAGGUGUUCCAGGCUGUGGGGAAAAGGGAGGAGGGUGCCCUUAUGGAAGGCUUGAGAGCUUGAUAUCUGCUGGAUUC